GACGUGGGCCAGCGUACAGCAUCCUUUCAGUCCGGCCCCAAACCUCGACGAGACACUGCACGCCGACCUCCCAAAACCACCAAUAUUUUGACAAGCCAACAAUUUUUCUCGUGCAACUUCAACGUACGGGGAUUGCAGGCGUGCGAACGCCUGCCGCGGCGCGACGAGCAAGAGAAGUAAAAUAUUCUCCGCGGUGAACAACUUCUUCGCUGAUUCACCGCUGGUGAAUCAGCUUAAGGGCAUCAUGACCCGGCAAACAAGCAGUAGCGGGGGCGAGCCGGGCCCACCUGACGACUCGUCGCGUCCAGCAAGCCGGGAGCCGCCAGCCGUCGCCCUCAGCGCGUCGGACAGUCAACAAUCGGUCCGCUCGUCAUCUCCGAGGCCGCAGCGACAAGUGACGUUCCUAAAGCCGGCAGCCAACACUAACCUGGACAGGAAGGCUUCCAUCGUCGACGAAAGCACAGGCAUCACUAGAACCCAAAUGAAAGAGUUUCGCGAGGCGUUCCGUUUGUUCGACAAGGAUGGAGACGGCACCAUCACCAAAGAGGAGUUGGGACGCGUGAUGCGUAGCCUGGGCCAGUUCGCGAGGGUCGAGGAAUUGCAGGACAUGCUGCAGGAAGUGGAUAGCGACGGCGACGGCAACGUAAGCUUCGAAGAAUUCGUGAGCAUUCUCUCCAAGUCGAUGUCUGGCGGUGGCGGCGGCCCCAGCUCGGCCGAGCAGGAGGAAAGGGAGCUGCGAGACGCGUUCAGGGUGUUUGACAAGCAUAACCGCGGGUACAUUUGUGCUUCGGACCUGAGGGCUGUGCUGCAGUGUCUGGGCGAAGAUUUGUCAGAAGAAGAGAUCGAGGACAUGAUUAAAGAAGUGGACUCGGAUGGAGAUGGCCGUAUAGACUUUUUGGAAUUCGUAAGAGCGUUGGGCGAGCCAGAAGACGCCUGUGACGAUGAGGACGAAGAUGAAACCACGGAGGGCGCAGACUUACCCCUGUCGAGACCAGUGGCGGCUAACUGAACUAUCAUGCUUUACAUGGGCGUACCCAGGGAAGGGCAGGGUGCGCAACGGCCUCCCCUGGACCAAAACCUGGGCUCAAGCAUAAUGCUUUACAUGUUACAAGCUUGAAAACAUUCUUCUUGGAUGACUCAUGUAUAAAAUCAUAAUCUUUACGCUUUCUACUUAAAGCAUAACGUUUUUAACCUAGUUUCUGAUGAUAAGAAAAAUAAUUUUUAAAAGUGUUUUGAUAUGAUUGACUAACAUCUUUUAGCUAAUUAAUAAAAAUAACGAAAUAAUACUUCCAGUUUUAUAUAUUUAAAUAAAAUUACAUUAAUGCUUAGCGUAAUAUUAAUGAUAUAUGAAAAUUUGUGAAACAUUACCCCUUUUAACUAAAAAUAUACGUGAAAUAUAUUCCAAACUAUAACACCAAUUUAAAAUGUAUAUAUAAAAAUUCAUAAUUCGUAAUACCAUUUUUCUCUAUAUUGUAACUGAGAGUGAGAGAGGUGCAAAUAAUAUAUUUUAUCUUCCUUGAGCUUUCAAAAUAAUGGAUCCUAUUUUGUAUCUCAAAUAUUAGGGUUUAAAAAUGUAUUGUUAAUUUUAGAUUGCCAUUAACAAACAAAAACACCUUUCUCUUUCAAAAGAACAAUAGGUAGGAAUAUUAUUACAUUUACUGGACAAAUAGUAGUUUUAUAGUUUCUUAUAAUAUCUAUGCUUAUAGGUAUUUAAAACUUAUUAGCGUGGUUGUGAGAAGCAUAAACAAUAAUAUGUACUACACAUUCUAUUUUUAAUUUGUCCACUAAAUUAACGGCUUUAUAGAAAAUUACCCAAGCUAAAAUUAUUUAUAGUUAAUAUAAUAUCUGUACCUAUUUAAAGAGUUUGUUUGCGAAAUAUUUUUUUGUAAUACGAUUAUUACCUAAUGCUUAUUUACGAAAAACUAAAAUAAAAAGCCACGUCAUUCUAGCACAAAUGAUCGUUCAGUAUAUAAAAAUACAGAAAAAAGUAAUUUAAGAAUUUAAUAUUCAAAUUAAUCACUAACAUCUUUGUAUAUGUAAAUGUUAUUUAUCUUAUUUUAAUGCAGUAAAAAGAAAUCUUUAAUAUUUCCUGUCAAUCUACAAUAAGUGAUAAAUAUUCGUGUUUUUCUUAAAAAAAUCUCAUUUGGGACAGCAAUAGCAAGUUAAAAACUCUUUCGAAUAUAAAAGUAAAUUUUUGUAGAGUUGUUCAAAGGAAGGUUAAUUACAUAAUGAUGUAAUAUGUAACAUGUAACAGUGGCAUAAACAUAACGUAUUCAUGUGGAUAAAAAAAGUAUAAUCAAUUUAUUUACAGAUUUUCAUAUUCGUACUUACACUAUUAUCAAAAGAUCUUGUAUGGACUUCCUAAGCUAAACAUAUCCCGAAAUAUCAUUAUACCUAUUGCAAAAGCUUCCUUUUAAUACUGUGACACAUUUCAGCUGAUUUUACAGCAAAUAUUGAAUUUGGAAAUUACAGACCAAAUAUACAUAAUAAAAUUUUCUUGAUAAUCA